AGCUUGAGGCUGCCUUAUAAUGUUGUAUUUUGUCGUCUCCGAGGUUGCAUCUUGGUGAAAUGCAGAGGAAUGAUGCUGGCACAGCGACCACUGCAGUUUGCACACCGCACCUCUAAAAUCACGCCUCGCUGGCUUCCCCUCUAAUUGGCUCCACGCAAGCCAACGCGCAGAGCUCACCUGUUUUAAUUGGACUAUCGCGACAAGUUGUCCAAGUGACGUUGUUACGAUUGGUCCACUUCUCCCAAUUGUCAAAGGGAUAUCUGGGGAUUUUCGCGCGAGGGCUAAUUGAGCACCAAAAAAGAGCUACAGGCAGUGAUCGAGAGACGCGCUGCUCACCAGGCCGAGAAGACAAGCGAACACCAGCGUUUCAGCCUGUGAAUGGAUGAUGGACAGAAAGCUCUGAACGACUCGAAAUGGACCACCGGUAACAGCCUGAAAUUUGGCAUAAAAAACUAAUAAUUUGAAGGCAUCGUAUGCUGGUCUGAGCUCCAGCGUUGACUUUUUACGCGUUGGUAACAACUCUGGAAUCGGCUGUUUUCCUUCCUACAGAAGGCAGUGCUGGAAGCAGGAGCCGCUCAGUCCUUAUUCCUGGCAUCGGCUGGCACGCUGAGACCAUCUGCACUGAAGCUUUUUUAAUUUUUUGCAAGUGGUCGGCGCACCCCUGCCUUUGGAGCCAUGGGUUGUACGGUGAGCGCCGAGGAUAAAGCUGCCGCGGAGAGGUCAAAGAUGAUUGACAAAAAUCUGCGAGAGGACGGAGAGAAGGCAGCCAGAGAAGUGAAAUUGCUUUUAUUGGGUGCUGGGGAGUCUGGAAAGAGCACCAUUGUAAAGCAGAUGAAGAUCAUCCAUGAAGACGGCUACUCAGAAGAUGAGUGUAAGCAGUACCGAGCUGUGGUUUAUAGUAACACCAUCCAGUCUAUAAUGGCCAUUGUUAAAGCCAUGGCCAGCCUCAAGAUUGACUACAGCAACACUUCCAGAGUGGAUGAUGCCCAGCAGCUCUUUGCUCUAUCUGCACCCGCCGAAGAACAGGGCAUUUUCCCUGAUGACCUGUCCAAUGUGAUCAGGCGAUUGUGGGCUGACAGCGGCAUACAGAGUUGCUUCACACGGUCGCGAGAAUACCAACUGAACGACUCUGCAGCAUAUUACCUGAAUGACCUGGAGAGGAUAGCUAAAGCUGAUUACAUCCCCACCCAGCAGGAUGUGCUGCGAACCCGGGUCAAGACCACAGGCAUUGUGGAGACUCAUUUCACUUUCAAGGAACUGCACUUCAAAAUGUUUGAUGUAGGAGGCCAACGCUCAGAGAGAAAGAAGUGGAUUCACUGUUUUGAAGGAGUCACAGCCAUUAUCUUCUGCGUUGCACUGAGUGCUUAUGACCUGGUGCUGGCUGAGGAUGAGGAGAUGAAUCGAAUGCAUGAAAGCAUGAAGCUGUUUGACUCCAUCUGCAACAACAAGUGGUUCACAGAGACCUCCAUCAUCCUCUUUCUGAACAAGAAGGAUCUAUUUGAGGAAAAGAUUACCCGCAGCCCUCUUGCCAUCUGCUACCCAGAAUACACAGGAGCCAACAAGUUUGAUGAAGCAGCUAGUUACAUCCAGACCAAGUUUGAGGACCUGAACAAGAAAAAGGACACCAAGGAGAUCUACACCCACUUCACCUGUGCCACUGACACCAAGAACGUGCAGUUUGUCUUUGACGCAGUCACUGACGUCAUUAUUAAGAACAACCUGAAAGACUGUGGUCUUUUCUAAAGGACAGUUCCCGACGCACACAGACUGCACCAGCCAUGAGAUGAUUACUGCUUUUCAUAAUGAAAACCAUAACAGACUUGAUUCCUAGAGGGGAAACCUGAAAGAACUUCAACAAUCACUGAUUUGCAACCAUCACAUUCCCUGUAUAAUGUGUUAUAAUUUUCUUAAUAUAUGUAUUUCUUACUGCUCUUGAUCAGGGGCUCUCAUUCAUGCUGAGUGCCUGUCAAUAGAUGUUUGACCAAGGAUCCCCUAAUUGGACAAGAACCUUUAACAAUCAAGGACACUCACCACAGAAUUGCAGUUUUUAUAUUAGAUUUGUAACACAAAUUAUAUUAGCCGACUGGCUUAAGUAGAAAAUAAUUGUUGGAAGAGUGCAACAUAUCAUACUAAUAAGUCAUUAUCUCAUCAUUGCAAAUAACAAAAGAAAAUACACUGAAUUAAAAGUAUUUUUCAUCUUUAAUAUCCGUAAAUUGAAUCUGCAGUUUUAGAACCACUUGCUUUUUUUGGUUUGUUUUUUAGGUUUCAAUUUUUCUUUCAAUUUUUCCUUCGAAGUUUAACAAGAGGAUACAGUACAAAAAACACAUUUUUAUAAAAAAUCAUAUUAACUUAUGUUAACUAAUGUUGCAUUUUAUGAAACCUUUGACUGCACAGAGCUUAUUUUUUAGAAGAAAAAAAACAAGCAUGGAGAAUGGAAAUGUAUGAAAGGAAAAUGUGUUUUUGUACAAUGUUUACACAGAAUCAAUAUUCACAGUUGUACUAUAGUGCAUUGUUCUGCAUGACUGUCCAUAGAUUAGCCUGUACCCUCAACAAACUCAAUUACAUUCCUUAAGUAACUUCUUUAACGAAACAAAACAAAAAUUGCUAUGUGUCACUUUUAAGAUAUCUGCAAGAUUUUUAAGUGGUUAUGUCUUUUCCUAACAUGGAUUGUUCUGUACAAUUUGUUCAUUCUGAGUCUUUUUACAUAUGUUUGUGCCUUGAUAUCUGUUUACACUUGUUCUUUAGAGGUAUGCUAUCUUCAGAGUGUGAAUUAGGGCUAUUUCUACUCUACUUCAGUUCACAUAAUACAUCAUUUAAUGCACAACAACACUGAGACAAAUGGAUGAUGCUCGUUCAUUGAUAUUAAGAUAAAAGUUAGUCACUUAUUAAAUGUAAAUAAAAGUUUAGUCACAUGA